UAUAAAUCCAAUUCGCCUUACGCGUCGACGGAAGCGUGUGUGAGAGAGAGAAUGGAUAAGGACUGGAGGUACUACGGGGGCGACACGGUGGUUGUGUCGGAGGAAUAUGGCGGCGGAUGCAGGACGCCGACGAGAGAGGACUGCCGGAUACCGGCGGAGGCGCCGUGUCCACCACCGGUGAGAAGGAAGAAUCCGUUGUGGUGUGGGAAGAGAAGGGGGCCACCGCAGAACGGAUUUUUCCGGCCACCGGACCUCAAGAUUUUCUUCACCUCCGCCGCAAACAAUCGGCCAGCGAGCUGCGCUCAUAUCACUAAUCUUGUUCGUUGAGUUAAUUUAAUUGUGUUUUAGACUGUUUAGGUUUGAUUUUGUGACGAAUUCAUAUUAUUAUAUGAAUCUGCAUCACUGGAAAGUUAGUUGUAUGGUCUCAUCUGUAAGCAUAUUGACACCAAGAAAAUAGUUUGUUUGUUGACUAAUUAA